CGCACAUGAAAUCCUUAUUCACUCCUACUUAUAACCAGCUUCGUCACUAGCGUGAUAACCAUCGUCGUUGUCACUCGUCUAUAAAACAAAAAAAAAAUCCUCGCUCGCUUCAAAACCAUCCCUUCGACACAUCUUUGCUGAUACUGUGCCUGCCUGCUCCUUUUGUCACAAUGUACUCCAGACGCGGUCGCCCUUCGAAGGCAGAGCGAGACCGUAUGCUCCAGCUAGCUGGCCAUGGACCCAGCAGCACAAGCACUAGCACCGGCCCCAACCCCAGUCCAUUCACCCCGCAAGCUCCGGUACAACCACCUCAAGCUGGUCCUUCAUUAUCCCGGCUGAGCUCAGUACAACUAAAUCCGAAUCCAUUAUCCCAACAGGCUAUGGUACAAACUCCACCUCCACCUCAAGCCCCAAUCUCCCAACCCCAAGCAGUACAACCAAAUCCACACAGCUUGUUCUACGUAGCAACACAGCACCGGCUCCAGGCCUCCACCAGGGGUUCGGACCUCCUUUUUGGCACGGGAAUCACCUUCGGCAUCGCAUCCCUAAUGACCGCCUACACAACCGCCUGCACACCCCUCGGCACCUCACCCCGCCGCCUCAACUUCCUCCGCCUCGCACUCCGGUACGCCGAGUACCUGGCGUUGAACGACAAGGAUGCAGAGGCGUUCGAUACGAAGAUUCGGGAUACGGAGGAGCUGACGCUGGCGAUGCGGUUGAUGAGCAGGAGGGGUUGGAGGGAUGUGUUGGUUGCGUAUUGGGAGUUGAGUGAGGUUGGGGAGGUAGAGGGUGAGGGUGGCGAGGGCUUGCAGGGGGAGGGAAUUGGGAAGGGGAAGAAGAGAGGUGGUGAGGAGGGGGAGGGAGAGAGGAAGAGGGUCAGGGGUGAAUGA